AUGAUCUACGGUCACAGGGAACUAGUUCAAGAAUUUUCGUUAGCGCACGUUAAGGGUGGUAGGGGGUUGUCACCAGCGGGGCGUUUUCCAUUUCACGCUCCGUUGAACACUGAUGACACCGCAUUCCUACGACCAAAUGGCUCGACAAAUGAACAGAGGGCGCUGCAGGACCCGCCCCGACACGUCAUAACUGUCACUCGUGCAGUGGAGACAUGUGCUAAGUGGUACGAAUUGAAUGACACGUUUGGAUGGACGCUGGAGGGGAGAAUGUACGAGGGGGCGUUGGAGAUGAUCCUCACUGUGAGAUGCCAAUAG